CCUCGCCCUCGCAUGAGCUCAGAGCAAGCGCAUGCUGCCGAUCUGCGAUCUUAGCGUGCGCUGUCAGCUUGGCGCCGCAUCUCGGGUGCGCCGGUAGAUCCGGGUGCUUCGGCGCUGCCGGCCGCGCCUGGCCGAUGCAUUUUGAGGUGGAGCGCGGCUUGCGGGGUCCAGAGCAUCCUCCUUUCCCUCUCCUCGCCCCUCCUUCUCCACCCUCCUGGCCCGCCGCCAUGUCGACCGCGCCCGUCCUCUCGGCGCCCGACACUGCCAUCCUCACACAUGUGCCCGAGCUCUCGGACGCCGCGCUCUCCGCGACGGCUGCGGCGCGGCAACAGCCCGCCGAGCAGCUCUACGACGUCGCAGCCACGGCUGCCCGCCUCGCGGCCCUCUCACCGCAGCCGCAGCGCAUCGUGCUGCAAUUCCCCGACGAGGCACUCUGCGACUCUGUGCCUGUCUUCUGGGGCCUGACGCGAGAGCUGCAGAAGCGGGAGUGGAAGGGACAGCUCUUCAUUGGCGCAGAUACUAGCUAUGGCAACUGCUGUGUCGAUGAGGUGGCUGCGCAGCACGUCGAUGCCGACAUGGUCGUGCACUACGGACAUGCCUGUCUGAGUCCCACUCAGCGUCUGCCGGUGCUCUACGUCUUUCCCAAGCUCGCCAUCGAGCCUUUGCAGGCCGCAACAGCGCUCGCCGCCGGAGUACACGAGCUUGUCGGCUCUUCAGGCGCAGAUGAGCCUGCGCCGAAAGCCAUGCUUCUCCUCUUCGACGUCGCAUACGCGCACGCUGCGCCGUCUGUGCAUGCAGAGCUGGGUAGGCAGCUAGAGGCACAGGGUGUCUCAACACCGCUCGUGCUCUCGAGCGUCGAGUGCGAAGGCAACACUGGUGCCUCGGGCUCAAGACUGCCAGACGCUGCCUGCUCUCGGACGCAGGCCUUGGGCAGCGGGUGUGGCUGCGAGAGCACAUGCCAAGAAGCACCGCGGCCACCGCCUGAAGCUUCGCCCGAAGACGUCUCUCGCCUCUCAGGUAGCGGCACAGGAGUUGGCGCAGGUCGGCGAUACGAGCUGCCCUCAGGCGCCGAUCUACGGUCCAGCGCCGUCAUCUAUCUCGGCGGCGAGUCGCUGGCACUUACCAAUCUGCUCUUACGACUCGGACCUUCCUCACGCAUGCUCUCCUACGAUCCACGACGGCCUGCAGGCGCCGAGGUGCGGCGAGAAGAUGGGCGGACAAAUCGGCUACUCAUGCGACGAUACGCAGCUGUGCAGAAAGCGCGUGAUGCAAGCGUGAUUGCCCUGCUGGUCGGCACGCUCGGCGUGGCAGCCUACCUGCCAUUGCUGGCGCAUCUUCGGGAGAAGCUCAUCGAGCGAGGCCGCAGAAUCUAUACGAUCAGCGUGGGCAAGCUCACGCCUGCCAAGCUGGCAAACUACGCCGAGAUCGACGUCUUUGUCCUGCUCGCUUGCCCCGAGAACUCGCUCGUCGACGCCAUCGAUGCGACGCGCUCGCGAGACUUCUUCAAGCCCAUCGUGAGCCCCUUUGAGAUGCUGCAUGCGCUCAAGGACGAGGAGGACGGAGGACGCGAAUGGUCGGGCGACUACGUCCUUGAUCUCGAUCGGCUUGCACCUACGCCUCAAACAGCAGCACCAAGCACGAGCGACGCGCAGAACGUGUCAGACGAGCUGGCAGCACAGACUGGCGACCUCAGCCUCACCGCUCAAGGCUCCGUCGAGCCGACCGCGCCGGCGGACGGGGAAGAGUCGUCAGACGAGGAGCCGCAGUUCUCGCUGAUCACCGGCGGGUACGUCUCGCGCCCCAAGCGGGCGGGCAAGAACGGCUCCGGAGUGCGGCAGAUCGCCGACGCCGCAAGUGCGGGCGUAGUGACGGUGCGCAGUGCCGAUGGCAGUCUCACGCGCGUGCUCGACAGCGCCGCCGGUGCCCAUCUGGCACAGCGUUCCUGGCGCGGUCUGGAGACUCGCAGCUCGGACGACGCACCCAGCGUGCUGGGCCGGGGACGCGCGGGCAUCGCGAGUGGAUAUGCAGACUCGGGAGGCACGAGUGAGGGCCAGGAAGGCGUGGGCGCCAUCACGAGGGAACAGACGCAGGCGGACCAACAAUGACAAGAAGCAUGCGUUGCGCCAGUCAUUCAAGCGUGAAAGCAUUAGCGCAUCAGAGAGGUCGUGAGUAUCAUGACGGGCCGCCUCGCAUCACCGAGCCGGACGCAGUGCAUCGCUGUGCUCGGGCAGCGCGUAGCUUGGUCGAUCGCCGAGCGGGUGGAAUGAGUCUGCCGGCUGCUUCGCAGCAUCGUCGGCCGUCUCGCCGGCCUUCUCGGGCUCGCCGAUGCCCGCACGCGUGCCCCAGCCCGUCUCGUGCAGCGUGAAGAGCG